CACACAGAUACACACACUCACACACACACACCCCCGCAUCCAGUCCUCCGACCCGCCGGGCAUCUGACCAGGCAGAAGGACAUUUCAUGAGCCUCUUCUAAAUCCCGCCGGUCCCGUCCCCCGCCCCCCAUCCCAGUCAAAGCCAUGGUGAUCAUGUCAGAUUUUACCCCCGUCCCCCUUUCGAGUCACCUCCAGCAGAGGCCCCUUCGGGUCGGAUUUUAUGAUAUUGAAAGGACCUUGGGGAAAGGCAAUUUCGCCGUGGUGAAGUUGGCCAGGCACAGAGUCACCAAAACCCAGGUUGCGAUCAAAAUUAUAGACAAAACCAGGUUAGAUUCAAGCAAUUUGGAGAAAAUUUAUCGAGAGGUUCAGAUAAUGAAGCUUUUGAAUCACCCUCACAUCAUCAAGCUUUAUCAGGUUAUGGAGACAAAGGAUAUGCUUUACAUUGUCACCGAGUUUGCAAAGAAUGGGGAAAUGUUUGAUUACUUGACUUCCAACGGGCAUCUGAGCGAGAACGAGGCCCGGAAGAAGUUCUGGCAGAUCCUUUCGGCUGUGGACUACUGUCACAGCCAUCACAUAGUUCAUAGGGAUCUGAAGACCGAAAACCUCCUCUUGGAUGCCAACAUGAAUAUCAAGUUGGCAGAUUUCGGGUUCGGAAACUUCUACAAGUCCGGCGAGCCCCUGUCCACGUGGUGCGGGAGCCCGCCCUACGCGGCCCCCGAGGUCUUCGAGGGGAAGGAGUACGAGGGCCCCCUCCUCGACGUUUGGAGCCUCGGCGUGGUGCUCUACGUCCUGGUGUGUGGCUCUCUCCCCUUCGACGGGCCCAACCUGCCCACCCUGAGGCAGAGGGUGCUGGAGGGACGGUUUCGCAUCCCCUUCUUCAUGUCCCAAGACUGCGAAUCGUUGAUCCGCCGGAUGCUGGUGGUGGAGCCCGCCAAGCGCAUCACCGUCGCCCAGAUCAAGCAGCACAGGUGGAUGCAGACGGGCCCGGCCCCGCAGCCGCCCCUGCCGCCGCCGUCACCCCUCUGCUUUGCCCUGCACGGCUACAACUCCAACCUGGGAGACUACGACGAACAGGUCCUGGGGAUCAUGCAGACGCUGGGUGUCGACAGGCAGAGGACGGUGGAGUCGUUGCAAAACAGCAGCUACAACCACUUCGCUGCCAUCUAUUACCUGCUGUUGGAGCGGCUCAAGGAGCACCGGAGCAGCCAGCUGCCCGGCCGGCCCGGAACCACCAGGCGGCACAGGCCGAGGAGCUCCGAGCUCAGCAGCUUCGAGAUCUCCCCAGAAGCCCUCAGCAGCGAGUCCCUCAGAUCCUCGCUAUUCUACCAACCACCCCAGCCCUUGACGCAGUCUGUCUUGCAAGCGGAGAUGGACUGCGACUUGAAUAACCCACUCCAGCCUUUGUUCUUCCCCGUGGACCCCAACUUGAACGGGCUGCUGCGGAACCGCCCCAUCUCCCCCAACAGCCUGCUGGAGACCACCAUCAACGAGGAGGUCAGGCAGGAGAAGGACCUGGAGGAGGAGAUCCGAGCCCAGAACCCCUUUCACCUCCCCGGCAACACCAGCAGGAGACAUACCCUGGCUGAAGUCACCACGCAUUUCUACCAGAGCAGCCCGCCCUGCAUCGUGGUUUCCUGUUCCACCAGCCCCACCGAAGGAACCAGCUCGGACAGCUGCCUUCCCUCCUCAUCCACCGAAGGCUCCGGGGCCCUCGGCGGCCGCCUCGCCGACCAGGUCCUGAUGGGCAACGCCACCACGGUCAGGAUGGCCUCCCCGUUCCUGGCCGCCCGGGCCACCGCGCCCGUCCUGCGGGCCCAGGGCUGCCUGGGAGGAGCGGCCCUGCUGCCCAUCAGUUUCCAGGAAGGAAGAAGGGCCUCAGACACCUCGCUCACUCAAGGCCUGAAGGCGUUUCGGCAGCAGCUCCGGAAGAACGCCCGGACCAAGGGGCUCCUGGGGCUGAACAAGAUCAAGGGCCUGGCUCGCCAGGUGUGCCAGCCUGCCCCCGCCCGACCCCCGAGGAGCGGCCCGGCCGCUUUCCACCACUCCCAGCAGACCCCCGGCGGAUAUGGUGGCGGCGGCGGCAGCGGCGGCUGCAGCCGGGAAGGCCGGACCUUGCUAGAGGAGAUCCUGAACCAGCAAAGGUUGCUCCAGUGGCAGCACAAGCCGCAGGCCCCGGCGGGCGUCCCCCCGGGUCCCCAGCCCCUGCCCCCAGCUCCGGGCGGCCCCUGGGCCCCCGGCUCCCUCCUCCUGUCGGAGCUACAGCGGGAGAACUCGCUGGAGUGCGCCCUCCACCCCGCCCAGCCACCCCUCCCUCCCCCCUUUGGGACCAGCGUCUCUCCAGCCUCGUCCGCGGCCCAGCUGCUGGACGCCCACCUGGACCUCCGUGCCGACGUCCCCCCCUCCGCGACCCCCUUCUUCCCGGCGCGAGCCAGCGUGGCCCUGCGGCCCCCCGGGGGAUAUGGACCGGCCAUGCCGUCGCAGGGGGACUGUGAGAUGGAGGACCUCACUCCCGCCCCGCUGGGAAAGUUCGUCUUGGUCCAGUGAAGAUCCCGCUCCUCCAACUCGCGCUCUCUCUCUCUCUCUGUCUGUCUCUCCCCCCUGCCCCCCGAGGGACUUCCAUCAUUCCACCUCCUGGAAUGACUGACUCUCCAAAGCAAUAAUUUUGAAGUAGGUGGAGAGAAUGUCUGGUGGUUGAGAAAGCCAGUACCUUUAUCCAAGCGAAAAUAAGCAAUAUGUGUGUAUUUGGCUGGGGGGAUUUUAUUUUUUAUUUUUUCCCAGGGAAGUGCUUUGGUUUUCCUUUCUUGCACUGAACAAAUAUGAAUAGGGACUGGACUCAUUGGAAAGAAAAAAAUAACGAUGGAAGUUGC